AUGAUUAUCGAAAGAGAUUCUGCAGUGUUAGGAUACCCGGGCGAAAUAUUUUCUCCGCUCAACGCGGUCCACCACACAAUAUGCAAACAUCCGUCCCAACAAGAUGCGAAUUACAUUAAUGUUCAGAAUGUCAUUAGCUCAUUCCUCUUUCACAACAAUUUGCCCCAGGAGUUGCAACUAGAUCUUAUCCAAACCCAGAUUCAUCACCUAGGCAAGCGAUUCAUCCAACAAUCCUUCUGUCCUCCACUUAAUAGUUUGCAGGGCUUAAGAAUUCCUAUUCGCGUCGUCCUGAUCAGCAGACCAUUCUCAGCUGCACGCUUAUUUGAAAAGCUCAAGACCACCUUCUCAGAUUCCUUUCAUCAGGUUGCCAUGAAGUUACCUAACUCUGCCCAGCAGCUUUACAUUAAGCAAGAGUUCGAGAGCUCAUACAUGUGGGAAAGUACCUUCACCUCCGACGUCAAGAACACCUUGCUUAGCAAAUGCAACAGAAAUCUUCUACAGUUGCGACUGGUAGUCGACAGGCUACUUCUAUGCAAUACUGAAGACAAGUUUGACCGAGGCCUGAACGAGGCCCCAUCUGACCUUACAGACUUAUAUGUUCGCAUUGCCAAAAGCAUCACAGAAGGCCUCAAGGAACCCGAGUAUACUUGGCGAGAACAAUUCUGUCAUAGGCUACGUGCGCUGAGCGCCAGCUAUCUUUGA